UGCACUGUGACGCUUUGAACGAACAGCACGUCAACCUCAUCGUCAAGCUUCACUAAUGUCAUAAUACUGAACACCAACGUAAAGUCUCAAGACUUGUCCGGAAUCAUGGUCACGUCUGACCAAUGAGCUCGUACGCAGUUGUAAUUAAGUUUUGCAAAAUAGGAAUUCGUACACACAUUGAGCAGGAUUGUGCAGGGUUCACGGUUGAAAAUUAUCGUGUGGGGUUUAGGUCUCUGUCUUCCAAAUCGCCUUGUACUGAAAAUGUAUUCCUGUACAGUCGAGAUUGAAUAACAGCGACCUGGUUCCACUCGAAUGAUGUGAAAACGUAUGGAAACAUUCGGCUAGAGGGUUUAAAGAUCACAAAACCCCGUGGAUUUACUUCGCACACUAUCAGUUUCGUCGUGGAAGAAGUGAAUGUGUCUGAAUCAUGGCAGAGAAUAAUGAAGGUGGAGUGUGCACGACGAAGGGAGAUUUGAUAUUGCGGGCGGAGGAUGUAGUUGCUGGGAUGGCCGGUCCUCUCGAGGCAUUGCGGGAACUUGUUCUCUGGCCACUUCUCUACUCUCAGGAGGCAGCGUGUCUCGGCCUUAAGUGGCCAAGAGGACUUUUGCUUCAUGGACCUCCAGGCACAGGUAAGACAAGUUUGGUGCACGCGGUCGCCAAAGAAUGCGGUGCUCAUUUGACAUCUCUGAGUGCUGGGACUUUGCACCGUUCCUAUGCCGGAGAAAGCGAGCGCCUCAUGAGAGAUGCGUUUGCUGAGGCAGCACUACAAGCAGUCAGUGGCAAACCAGCAAUUAUUUUUAUAGAUGAAAUCGAUGCCCUUUGUCCACGACGAGAUUCAAGGCGCCAGCAGGAGACCAGGAUUGUAGCACAGCUGCUCACAUUGAUGGAUGGGAUAAGCUCGAAGUCGAAAAGCUCUGCUCACGUCGUGGUUGUUGCUUCCACAAACAGAGUAAACGCAAUUGAUCCCGCAUUGCGUCGCCCAGGACGUUUUGACAGGGAGUUGGCCAUAGCUCCGCCCAACAGCGAAGAGCGAUACGACAUUUUGUGUCUUCACGGAAGAAAAUUGCCUCUAGAUGCGGAGGUGGAUCUUCGUAGUAUUGCUUCCAAGUGCAAUGGUUAUGUUGGUGCCGACUUGCAAGCUUUAUGCCGUGAAGCUGCUAUGUCAGCUCUUACGAAAGGCUUCAAAGAAGGAGUAGACAGUCAGACAAAGCUGAUAGGUUUAGCAGAGUGGGAGGAAGCCCUACUUAAUGUAGGACCAAGUAUAGUCCGAGGCACAGCGGCUGCUGAGGUGCCGAAGGUUUCGUGGGCGGACAUAGGGGGCCUAUUUGAUGUGAAGAAAAAACUCAAACAAGCAGUGGAGUGGCCCAUUAGACAUGCCGAUGCUUUUGCGAGAUUAGGCAUAAGGCCUGUACGAGGCGUCCUACUUCAUGGUCCACCAGGCUGCUGUAAAACUACUCUCGCGAGAGCAGCUGCACAUGCUGCGCAAGCUACAAUGAUAUCUUUGAGUGGAGCAGAGCUCUAUUCAAUGUAUGUCGGGGAGGGAGAGGCACUGUUAAGAGACACUUUUCGUCAAGGCCGGUUGGCUGCUCCCAGCAUUAUCUUUUUCGACGAGGUUGAUUCAGUGGCUUCACGGAGACAAGAAGGGAGUAAAACUCAAGGUGGGGGAGACGGAACCACAGUAGCAGAGAAGCUUUUGUCCACUCUACUCACGGAGAUCGACGGUCUUGAGCUUGCGCAGGGUGUUUUAGUCCUUGCGGCAACAAAUCGGCCACAAAUGAUCGAUGCAGCUCUUAUGAGACCCGGGCGUUUUGACUCGGUGAUUUAUGUUCCGCCUCCUGAUUUUGAAGGACGACUGGAGGUCUUGAAGAUUCAUACACGCAAGCUCAAAAUAGAUAGUGACGUUAGUCUGCACAAAAUAGCGAUGGAGACAGAAAACUAUACAGGUGCUGAAUUAGCUGGUUUAUGUAGAGAAGCUGCGAUGGUUGCCUUGAGGGAGAGUCUAGACGCUGAUACGGUGUAUGUUCGCCACUUCGAUAUUGCAAAAGCCUCAGUGAAGCCAAGCUUAACUGCAUUGCAAAUUGCUAGCUAUGCUAGCUUCGAUACUAAAGGGAAGCCGGUCUUACAUUGAUCAUACAUUUAAUAAUAGUCUCCAAUAUUUGCAUCC